AUGAUGAUGGAAGCCAGCUUUGACACUGAGGAGAGUUUUGACGAUCCCUCCUGUCUCGCCCCCCAGCACCUCGGCUCCGUCUCCCCAGCCAAGAGGCAGAUCAAGGAGGUCAAGGAGACCAAGAUCACGAUCAACUGUGUGACGUUUCCUCUGCCUGGUGAAGGUCCGGAGCAGCAGCUGCUCAAACCAAGCGAAUGGAGCUACUGCGACAACUUCUGGACCGACAAGAAAGACCCCCAGGGGACCACCUCUGUGGCGGGCUUCGAGGUCCCUCUGCAGAAGCAGCUGAAGGGCAAACAGAUGCAGAAAGAGAUGGCUGAGUUUGUCCAUGAGAGGAUAAAGAUCGAGGAGGAAUACGCCAAGAACCUCUCCAAGCUUUCUCUGAGCCCGCUGGCAGCGCAGGAGGAAGGGACUCUUGGCGAAGCCUGGACUCAGCUGAAGAAGAGUCUCCACGACGAGGCAGAGGUUCACCUCAAGUUCUCCAACAAGCUCCACUCUGAGGUAGAGAAACCUUUGCUGACGUUCAGAGCCGACAACUUCAAGAAGGACCUGAAGAAAUACGACCAUCACAUCGCUGACCUCAGGAAGCAGCUGGCCAGUCGCUACGCCAGCGUGGAGAAGUCUCGUAAAGCCCUGGCAGACAGACAGAAGGAUCUGGAGGUGAAGACCCAGCAGCUGGAGAUCAAACACGCCAACAAGGCAGAGGAGGACAUAAAGAAGGCCCGGCGGAAAUCCACACAAGCAGGAGACGACCUGAUGCGCUGCGUGGACCUGUACAACCAAACCCAGUGCAAAUGGUUUGAAGAGAUGGUCACCACCAGCAUGGAGCUGGAGACAUUGGAGGUGGAACGGAUCGAGUGGAUUCAGCAGCAUCUACGUCAGUACACAACUCUGCGACACGAAACCGACAUGUUCAAUCAGAGUAUGGUGGAGCCGGUCGACAAGCUGCUGCAGAACGUGGAUCCAGCCAAAGACAGAGAGCUGUGGGUGAAGGAGAAUAAAACCGGCGAUGUUCGACCUGUGGAUAUGGACAUUUGA